GAUUCAUUUAAAGAGUAUUUAUAACUGAAACACCAAAACCAAAGGUAACAGAAAACUCUCACUCACUCAAAAUCAAAAUCAAAAUCACAUUCAAACUCGUUUUCCUCUCUUCUCUGAUGGCCGGUGCGAUGAAGAAGGUCGACAAGAUUCGCCAAAUCGUGCGUCUCAAACAGGUCAUGAUGCGGUGGAAGCAAAUCAGCCUCCGCCGCCACGACUCAUCGGACCCACGCCCACCCUCCGGCUGCCUCUACGUCUACGUCGGCCACGAACGCCAGCGUUUCGCCAUCCCCGCGCGGUUCCUCAACCUCCCCGUCUUCGCCGGCCUCCUCGACGAAACCGAGGAGGAGUUCGGUCUCCGAGGCAGCGGCGGCCUCAUCCUCCCCUGCGAUGUGUGCUUCUUCACGCACAUCGUCAAGCGCCUCCACAAGAACGAGAACAAGUACGGGAAGCUCACACUGGAACAGUUUGUCAUCACGUUUUCCGAUGCGGCGGCGAAUUUUGAUUCUUGCAAGGACCAAAACGUCGUCGUUUUUACUCCUCUGUUGCAGAAAGCAGAGGUCUAGUUUUUCUUAGUUCAGACUUCAGAGUAGAUUUGAUUUUUUUUUUUGGGUUUUUGGUUCUGAUCAUCCUUGGAUCCAUUCCAUAAAAUUUUCAGUGGGUGGGUUUGAAUGAGAUGUUUUAGGACUUUUCCUUCAAGACUUGUUUUGAAGAUUGGGUUGUCUUUCUGAUAUUUGUUAUGAUUGAUGCCCAAUCUUGUUCUUGUUCUGAUGAUGAUGAUGAUGAUCAAUUUUUAGUGAUCAAUACAAUUUGUGUUACUAAUGAA